AUGCCCUAACUUCACACUAAAGGCGAUUUAAUUGAAGAUUAGCAAUAAGACUAAGAUAAAAGCAUCUUCUCUUUGAGAAAUGGAACUAAAGAUGAUUAAGCUUUUGAUACGGAUAAUUAAUAAAAAUAGUCGAAAAAAUAACGUUAUAAUUAAAAUACACGUAGAAGAAAUGGUAUAAUUCAAUCGAUGAAUGUUUAAGAGCUUGUGAAGAAUUAGAAAGAUUGUCAGAAAUAGAAGCUUAAUAUAAUCACUUAAGUUAGCAGUAUUUAAAUUCCAAGAACGAAUUAAAGAAAUAAAAAGUAAAUAUAAGGAUGUAUUAGACAAAUUUUUGAUCUUGAAAUAAAGAAAAUGCAGCAAUGA